GUCCGUCCUACAGGUGAAGCCCUUAAAGGAGCCGCGGCAUCGUUUGCAGGAGGGUGUGACGAUGGCUCCGGAGCCUAAACGAAGUCGCUGAUAAGCGAGGCGAGCAGCGGCUACUGCAGUUUCUUUCGCCGCCCCUUGAAAGAGAAAGUCUCCCUAGCGAUGCGGCAAUUAGAUACCGGCCAGGAUCCCCGCAGCGUUCGUCCAGCGGCGGAAGGGGGGUGUUAAGAGGCUUCCUCUUCACUUGGAAACAUGUCCCAAUCUUACAACAUGGCAAAGGCCCUUUGGGCUGAAGAAUGAGCUGUUCCUGCAUUCGGUUCAGUAAGAUCUGCUUCCUGCUCUCAGUUAUCUUUUGUGCGGUCCUCCUCUUAUUAAUCCCCAAAUUCCAAGCUAAUUGGAGACCUAGAAGUUAUCCACAGCCACGUCCACCUUCCGUUUUCAGCGCUUCUAACAAGAGUGAGGUCCAGUCACAGCAGGCAGAGUCGAGUUCAGUUGAUAAUCUGAAUGAUGAAACUAACAAUAUUGUACCGUUUAUGAAAGAGGAACUGAUACAAGAAUGGAGCCCUCAUGUCAUAGACGCUGGGACAUCCAGCCUGAAAGCUAACAACAAGAUGCAUGAGAGCCCAAUUAAUCCAUGGUACACUAGGGCGAAUCAUGUGGGAUCUGACAGAGUCUCUGCGAAGGAAAAGUUGGAGUUAAAGGAUAUCUUUAUUGCUGUGAAAACAACACGAAAAUACCAUAAGACAAGGUUGAACUUACUCUUUCAAACAUGGAUUUCCAAGGCUCAGGGGCAGACAUUUAUAUUUACAGACUGGGAGGAUCCAGAACUGCGUCACAGAGCCGGGGAUCACAUGAUCAACACCAACUGCUCAGCUGUCCACACCCGCCAAGCACUCUGCUGCAAGAUGUCUGUGGAAUAUGAUAAAUUCCUUGAAUCUGGGCAAAAGUGGUUUUGUCAUGUGGAUGAUGACAACUAUGUGAACCUGCACAAUCUCUUGCAUCUCCUGUCUGCCUUUUCACACAGCCAAGAUGUCUAUGUUGGGAGACCAAGUCUAGAUCAUCCCAUUGAAGCAGCAGAUCAUGUCCGAAACGAUGGAUCAGCCACUGUGAAGUUCUGGUUUGCCACCGGUGGAGCAGGGUUCUGUAUCAGCAGAGGUCUUGCCCUCAAAAUGAGCCCCUGGGCUAGCUUGGGGAGCUUCAUCAGCACUGCUGAGAGGAUUCGCCUCCCUGAUGACUGCACAGUUGGCUACAUCAUUGAAGGGUUGUUGGAAGUGAAGUUGCACCACAGCCCCUUGUUCCACUCACACCUGGAAAACCUGCAGCGGCUACGUGGUGAAGCAGUUUUCAAACAGGUUACCUUAAGCUACGGGGGUCCUGAGAACAAGCAUAACGUUGUGAGCGUGGGAGAAAUGUUCAGCGUACAGCAAGAUCCAACUCGAUUCAAAACUGUCCACUGUCUACUCUAUCCGGACACUUCCUGGUGCCCUACGGUAACAGUGAAGUGACAUCUCACCUAACCGCCACAUUUGUUUCCUGUUGGCUCUUUCUCUGAAUGAGAACUAGGAGUGGCUUUGCCAGAGAAGUACAAAGAUAAGGUCCAAGCCAAUUUCCGGGUUAUUGGAAGAUAUCUGGUUAUGUGUAAUAACCCAUAUUUGACAGGCUCUUUUCCCAAUCUCAUGGAUGUCCAGUUAGCUAAAGCUGAAUCUAUACUUUGCUGCAUUUGUACAACCUCAGGAAUGCAACAGUCAGGUACUGUAGCAAUACGGUUGAGGGCUAAUAGUCAUAAAUAUGCUUGGAGUACAAAGUACAAAACUUCAUUUUUAGACUGCAGGUAUGAAAAUAGAGUUCCUAUUUGGGGCAAUAGCAUAAUCAUGAAAGUUUCACCUGCGGUUUUUUUCUGAUUUCGCCCCCAUCUAAAUCACUGUAGGAUCACUCUGGAAGUACUAGAUGUGGCUUCCCACUAAUCAAACAAAACAGAUUAGCAAACGCAGAAGGCAUUCUCCCAGAAACAUCUUGCUUUUGUGCUCUAAGCAAAGAACCUCCUAUCUUUAAGGUUGUUAAAUGUUGGAGUACGUUCAAACUAAUAAUGCAAUCCUACUUUCCUAGGAGUAAGUUUCAUUGAGUCUGAGGAGACCUGCUUAAGGAUGCCACUGUAAAUGUCACUCUUGGCUUAUUGUCUGUUUCACAAGCUGUGCCAUAUACAAGUCUUCUGCUGUGACCUUCACCUAAAGCAUGUUUGCCUUGAACAUUCUGUGCACUAACCACUAUUUCAAGACAUCAAAAUCCACAUUAUGUUGGCUGGACCACCAUACAAUCCUUGCUUUUUUAGACUGUCACUGGACUCCAUAGUUUGAUGCACGCUACAAUCAAUAUGCUGGAUGUAUGAGAUGACAAUAUUAAUUGAUCCUAUUUAAUGCAUUUUUGCUCCUUCCAUGAUUGGUGGAAUCCACACCAUAAAAGACAUUUCUGAGUUCCCGACCUGAGAGUGUUCAUAUGAAAGGAAUGUUAUACCUUCUUCUCAGUACUGUGGCAGGAUUCAACCAAAAGCCAAAAGGAGCUGCACUCUGGAACAAAGCAAAGGAAUACAGUACAUGGUCCUGAGAUGAGACAGUCGCUUAACAAGCCUUUUAUAGAACCUCCCCUGGCUUUCUAAGGAUAAACACUAAAGUCUAAGGGGGCAUAGUCUGAAUCUAUGAAUAAUGCUUUAAGACACCAUAACAUCUAACCCACCAAAAUUAGGAUGUUUAUGCAGAAGGAGUGCAUCAGUCUGCUAACAUGUCCCAAGCCUUUAAAAUGGUUGUCUGCAGCUAAUCAUAUGCAUAUAUAUAUAUAUACACGUAUGAUUAGCUGCAGACAACCAUUUUAAAGGCUUGGAACAUGUUGGAUGUAUUUGGAACAUAUGAUGUAUUUGUAUGAGACGUGCCAGCUGUCUUAAGGUAAAUGUGCUGAAGAGCUGUUUUUAGGAAGUGGUAAAUAUUGACAGCUGGUAGGGUAUAAGCUUCUGUAAUUUCCAGUCUCCUUUCUGAAGAAGCAACACACAUACACACACUCUUCUGGACAAAGGAGAAGGAAUGAAACUGUUCUUAAAAUAAUUGCCUUAAAGUUUGUUUUGGUUUUUUUGUUCCAGUUUUUGUGCCUUAUGUACAUAAUGCACCUCUGAGGAGCAUGACUGCCAGAUGUGCUCACAUGUUGCAAGCCCCAAGGGAACAGUUGUGAUUAUGUUUGCUGGUCCGCUGAUGUUUGACAGUAUAACUCCAACUCCUUUUGGUCCCUGUGGCGGCAUCAGCAUGUAGUACAAUCCGCAUGUCGAGUGCUCCCACCACAGCUGAUGCAUCUCUUACGUUGCUACAAUUGGCACUUAGAGACAACACUGGGAACAGAAUAUUUGCCAUGGGCCUUUUAUAAUACAUGUGGAUAUGAGAGUGGAAUGUAGAUUUUGAUAUCAAAUUUAAACCCCACAAUUGCAAGAAAAUGUAUUGUUAGUGUGCAUCUGUGCAAAACGUUUCAGGAAGGCAGGAUGUGUCUUGGGGGUGCGGGAGAGCUCCUGCUGUGCAGUGUUCUCCGCCAUGUCCUGUUUCCUGCCCUUUCCAUUAUUCUGCUGUACGUCUUCCAUUUUCACCACCACUGCUCCAUUCGUAGCCCCCCAAAUUGAAGUUCAGUAAAUUCUCAAAUUUGGCAUAUUUGCAUGAUUAAUUUUCAAUGCAGAACCUGGUUUCUUUGGCACAUAGUGUAGCAUUCUAAGCUGUAGCGUGUACCUGCUUUUCGUUAGUGCAGAGCACUGACCUAAAGCAACUGAUUUGGACUGUUGAAUUGUGUUUGUACAUGAUGAGACUGUUGCAGCCUCAGCUGCCUAACAAUGCAAGAGCAUUCCCCAUGAAGUUCCCAUCCUCCUUUCAGCAAAUAAAUAUUUUUAGAAGUA